UGCGGGCGGAGGGUGGGAGCGAGGGCCGGACGGAACCGCGCGGGGAGGGCUCCCUGCGGACGGCGGGGUUCCUGUUGCCGCUGCGGGAGGCUGGUGGCCUGGGGUUUAGCCCCAGAGCUGCCUUGAACUUGCGUGACCCGUACCCACUUCUCUCGGGGCCGGGGGGAGCGAUUCAGCUAACUCAUUUGCAAAAUGGGGCGAAUGGUUUCUGAUUGCUUGAUGGAUUGGUUGAUUGGUUCGUUCAUUCCAGGUGGUUUACUAGGUUCUGUUUGCUAGAGAUGCACAGACAGAACCUGCCCAUUGUGGGGUCCCAAGUCUCGUGAGAAAAGCCCCGCCUCAUGACAAUUUCUCCUGGCUUCAGACUGCUAAGUCCAGACAUCCAUUGAUCAUUUCCAUUGGAUGCGCCACAGGCAUCUCAAACUCAAUAUCUCCGACACUUUUCUUCAUGAACCUACAAUCCAACUCUCAUGAUUGAAAUCACUAUUCACAAAUCCCUAAGAGAAGAUGACUGUGUUCUUUAAAACACUUCGAAAUCAUUGGAAAAAAACUACAGCUGGGAUCUGCCUGAUGACAUGGGGAGGCCACUGGCUCUAUGGAAAACACUGUGAUAACCUACUAAGGAGAGCAGCCUGUCAAGAAGCUCAGGUGUUUGGCAGUCAACUUAUUCCUCCCAAUGCACAAGUGAAGAAGGCAACCGUCUUUCUCAAUCCUGCCGCUUGCAAAGGCAAAGCCAGGACUCUAUUUGAAAAAAAUGCUGCCCCGAUUUUACACUUAUCUGGCAUGGAUGUGACUAUCGUUAAGACAGAUUAUGAGGGCCAAGCCAAGAAGCUCCUGGAACUGCUGGAAAACACAGAUGUGAUCAUUGUUGCUGGAGGAGAUGGGACUUUGCAGGAGGUUAUAACUGGAGUUCUUCGAAGAGCAGAUGAGGCUACCUUCAGUAAGAUUCCCAUUGGAUUUAUCCCACUGGGCCAGACCAGUAGUUUGAGUCAGACACUCUUUGCCGAAAGUGGAAACAAAGUCCAUGAUAAAAGUCAGACACCAUGUAGAGACUCAAUAAAUGUGAGACAUAUUACAGAUGCUACACUUGCCAUUGUGAAAGGAGAGACAGUUCCACUUGAUGUCUUGCAGAUCAAGGGUGAAAAGGAACAGCCAGUGUUUGCACUGACCGGCCUCCGAUGGGGAUCCUUCCGAGAUGCUGGCGUCACAGUUAGCAAGUACUGGUAUCUUGGGCCUCUAAAGACCAAAGUAGCCCACUUUUUCAGCACUCUUAAGGAGUGGCCUCAGACUCAUCAAGCCUCUCUCUCAUACACGGGACCUGCAGAGCGACCUCCCAGUGGAGCAGAAGAGACCCCUCCACGGCCCUCUUUGUACAGGAGAAUAUUACGAAGGCUCGCAUCCUACUGGGUACAGCCGCAGGACGCCCCCCAAGAGGUGAGCCCAGAGGUCUGGAAAGAAGUGCAGCUGUCCACCCUUGAACUGUCCAUCUCGACCCGGAACAGUCAGCUUGACCUGGCAAGCAAAGAAGACUUUAUGAACAUCUGCAUGGAGCCCAACACGGUCAGCAAAGGAGACUUCAUAACUAUAGGAAGUAAAAAGGUGAGAGACCCCAAGGUGCGUGCUGACGGCACCGAGUGUCUUCAGGCCAGCCGCUGCACUUUGCUUCUUCCUGAGGGAACAGGGGGCUCCUUCAGCAUCGACAGCGAGGAAUACGAGGCGAUGCCCGUGCAGGUGAAACUGCUCCCCAGGAAACUACAGUUCUUCUGUGACCCUCGGAAGAGGGAGCAGCUGCUGCAAAGCACGGCCCAGUGAGUGGGCUGCAAGGGGGCGCCCGAGACUGCGCUUCAGGCUACCCGGGGACCAAAAGGGGACCAAGGCCUCCCCGUCCCUGCAGCGCUGUCAGAGGAUCCCAAGGGCCUGUUCAUGGCAAGUACCCUCCACCCUCCUCUCUAGUGCUUCCCAGCUUUGCAGCCGGCUUCCCAGCAGCGCAUGCUUUGACUCUGCUGUGACAGCCCGUCCCUUCUACAUACUGCUUUUCCUCAGGCUAGUUCCAGGAAAUCCCCACCCUCAAUGGAUGGAGAAGGGCUAGAGCUUGUUAGCUCCCCGGUGGGAAGCAGGGUCCUGGGCUGAGUGGCUCGUCCUCUCCUGGUGGGCUCUGUGGCUGCCCUGGGAAGUCUAGGGAAGCGCCUGCCCGCUGCGGCCUCGUCCCGUUCCCCAGGCUCCUCCAUGGGUGCUGCUACUUUGCGAGCUCCAAUUCUUAGCGUCUUUCGGUUCUCUCCUUAAUCAAAAACAUACCUGAGGUGUUUCCCUCUUCAGCCAUGGCUGAAAUACUGUAAAGUACGUUUUUUCCCCCGAAGUCGUGCUUCUUAAAUGUUGGUUUGCAUGAGAACCACCUGGGGUGCAUGUUGAAAACUGACUCACUUGGGGCCCAACCCAAAUCUAGUAACUCAGUCUGGGGCUGGAGCCCAGGAAUCUGCAUUUUUAAAAAGGUGUCCACCUUCCCCAGGUGGUUCUACUACAAGAGGUGUCCCCCAAACUGAACAGGACACAGUCUUGUAAAGCAGCGGUCCACACACUACCCUGCUGAGGUACUUCCUAAAAGUAUUUUGAAAAAUCACAUAUCCCCUCAGUUUUAAGUUGACAGCUAAAAUUUUUCAUGGAAGUUAGUUGCCAAAGUAUGUACUUUCUGGUGUCAUGUAAAUAUUGCUAUUUUAAAAUAAAACUGUUACAUCACUGUCUUCAACAUAUUCAGUGUAAUUGAAAUACAUAACAAUUUAACAGUCAUCCUCCAUUUACAAAAAUAAGUUUUUUGUCAUUGAAAAUGUCGAUUAUCCUUGUAUGGUUAUCUCCAAACCACUUUCAGCAAAUGCUAUCAUAAUGUAAUGUUUUUAUGCUUGAAAUUUUCUUUCCAUCGGACCUAUCUUCUUGCCACCAAAAAAUGUAAGUGGAAGUAACUUUCUUUUAGUUCUUCAAGUGUUAACUCAGUACAGAAUAAAUGUUAUAAAUUAUUGAAAUACAAUUGAUGAAUAUUAUAAAUUUGUGAUAAUUAAAAAAUCAACAUUUUAUUAGAA